GGAGCCAGAGCUGGAGGCAGUUAGCUGUCUGGCAUUGGCUGUGGCAGGGGCAGCGGUAGUUUAGUGAAGGCAGGAUAAAUCUUGUACAAUUGUGUUCUAACAUUAGCGGAACCAUCAACAGUUAUAGCGUUAGAUAACUGUUAACUCAUCUCUGAGACGCCUUUUUUUGUUCGUGGUUUUCCAACGAAAAGAAGCCUUGGGAAGCUGGCUCGACCUCCGUAAACAGUGGACAUCGCUGGGACAGGAAUCAGGCAGCAGAGAGGAACAGAGAGAGAGGGCAUUGUGAGGCCCUUGCUCGUCCCGGGAGGAUGAAGAGGUUCCGGCGACAUGGGCAUGACUCUCAGAGGGACAAACUCAAGCAGGAGCUCUACCAGUUCAAUAAGACUGUAGAGCAUGGCUUUCCCCACCAACCAAGCGCACUGGGUUUCAGUCCCAGCCUGGGACUCCUGGCCAUUGGCACCAGAUCUGGGGCCAUCAAACUCUAUGGAGCCCCAGGAGUUGAGUUUAUGGGGCUGCAUGAUGAGAAUGCUGCAGUUACACAGGUGCACUUUCUCCCACACGAGGUUGAGCUGGUGACAUUACUUGAUGACAAUAGUCUGCACAUGUGGACACUUAGAGCCCAUAAGGGUGUGUCAGAGCUGCUGGAGAUUGGACGCUUUACACUCACUGGUCCGCCUGGUGCCAUUCCUAGUGUGACGCGGGUGACUGCCGUCAUGGCCCACUCUUCAGGUGAGCUCCUUCUGCUGGGCACUGAGGGGGGCCAUGUGUUUGUGGUGGAAGUGCCUGGCUUUCGGGAACUGGAGGAGAACAAUAUCAGCGUGGAGGACGUUCAGAGCAGAGUUCCAGAGGAAUAUGUGGGCCGGAGAAACCUGGAGUGUGUGGAGGCUCUGCAGGAGAAUCCUCUCAACCCACGGCAGGUGCUGAUAGGCUACAGCCGAGGCCUGAUGGUUCUGUGGGACCUGGAUCGUCGAUGUGCCAUUCAGCACUUCUUGGGCACACAGCAGCUAGAGAGUGUGUGGUGGAUGGAGGAUGGAGGAAUCAUUCUUAGUUCCCAUAGUGAUGGCAGUUAUUGCCACUGGACUGUGACUGGAGAGGACCCACAGACUGAACCAGAGAAACAGGAGACACCAUAUGGAUCUUUCCCAUGCAAGGCGAUUUCCAAAAUUUUACAGCUAUCAACAAGACAAGGGCCCCCGUUCCUCAUCUUUAGUGGUGGCAUGCCAAGGGCCAGCUAUGGAGAUCGCCACUGCAUCUCUGUCAUCCACAGCAAGACUCAUGUAGCUCUGGACUUCACCUCCCGCAUCAUCGACUUCUUUGUCAUAAGAGAAAGAGAGCGCCAAAAAGGGGACCCAGUUGCUCUGGUAGUGUUGGUGGAGGAGGAGCUGGUGGUGGUGGAUCUGCAGACUGAGGGCUGGCCUGUGUUCCAGACCCCAUACCUAGUGCCUCUGCAUUGCUCCGCAAUCACCUGCUCUCACCACGUCUCUUCAAUCCCACUUAAACUGUGGGAGAGGGUGCACGCUGCUGGCAAACUGCAAAACACAAGCUAUUCAAAAAAGCCAUGGCCAAUAAACGGAGGACAAAACCUUGCUCCAGACCCCCCACAAAGAGACCUUUUGCUGACCGGGCAUGAGGAUGGAACAGUGCGUUUCUGGGAUGCCUCAGGUGUCUGUCUCUACCCCAUAUACAAACUGAGCACAGCUGCAGUUUUCCUCACCGAUGCUGACCCCAAUGACAAUAUGAACCAGGGCACUGAGGGCGAGUGGCCGCCGUUCCGCAAGGUGGGCUGCUUUGACCCGUAUAGUGAUGACCCUCGACUUGGCAUUCAGAAGAUUCAUCUGUGUAAAUAUAGCGGUUACCUGACUGUGGCAGGAACUGCAGGACAGAUUCUCGUGCUGGAGAUGAAUGAUGAGGCAGCUGAACAGACAGUAGAGGCCACAGUAGUGGACCUGCUGCAGGGGCAGGAAGGUUUCCGCUGGAAGGGUCAGGCACGUCUGGAUCUCCGAGAUGAGCCAGUCACCUUCCCCCCAGGCUUCCAGCCCUUUGCCCUGGUGCAGUGUCAGCCACCUGCUGUGGUCACAGCAAUCGCUCUGCAUUCAGAGUGGAAGCUGGUGGCCUUUGGGACUAGCCAUGGCUUUGGUGUCUAUGACUACCAACAGAAGAAUAAUAUCCUGGUCAAGUGCACUCUUAACCCCAGUGACCAGGUAGCCCUGGAGGGACCAUUGUCUAGAGUGAAGUCUAUUAAGAAGUCUCUGCGCCAGUCCUUCCGUCGAAUUCGCCGGAGUCGAGUCUCCAUGCACAAACACCACACUAACAACGCAGCGAAGUUACAGGAACUAAAUGCACGGCUGGAGGCAGAAGCUCUGCAUGAAAUGGAGCUGGCCCCAGUCCAGAGGAAGAUAGAAGCUCGCUCUGCUGACGACUCUUUCACAGGCCUUGUUAGAACUCUCUGUUUUGCUGACACAUUCCUCAGUGACAGCUCUCACAGCACACCCUCCCUGUGGGCAGGAACCAAUGGUGGUGCUGUCUUUGCCUACAUGCUCCGCCUUCCUCCUGUAGAACGGAGAAUGGAUGACCAAGUGACUGCUCAUGCAGCUAAAGAGAUCCAGCUGAUGCAUCGUGCUCCAGUUGUAGGCCUGGUGGUUAUGGAUGGAAGGGGAACCCCGUUGCCUGAGCCACUGGAAGUUGCACAUGAUCUUUCCCGUAGCCCUGACAUGCAGGGGUCCCACCAACUGCUCGUCAUCUCAGAGGAACAGUUAAAGCUAUUCACAUUGCCUAAAGUGAGCAGUAAGGCGAAGCUUAAGCUGACAGCAGUUGAUGGUUCGCGGGUGCGUCGUGUGGGUGUGGCCUGGUUUGGCAGCAGUCGUGUGGAGGACUACAGUGAGAGCAGCUUGGUUGUGUUGACCAAUCAGGGCGAGCUACAUGUCAUCUCUCUGCCAUCAAUCAAAAUGCAAGUGCACUACCCCUGCAUCCGAAAAGAGGAUGUCAGCGGGAUCGCAUCCUGUGUCUUCACCAAGUAUGGUCAGGGACUCUACUUGAUCUCUCCAUCCGAGUUUGAGCGUUUCUCCCUCUCUGCACGUUGGGUGGUGGAGCCACGGUGUUUGGUGGAGGCUCCUUCCCAAACAAGACCCACAUCACACCCAAGUCAAUCUCACAGAGACCAGCCUGAUGGAGCAUCCACAGAACACAGGAACUAUAGCAGGAACAGUGAAAAGUAUGAGAAUUCUGCUAGACAAGUAAUGGAGCAUGCUUUGCUGAACGAUGAGAAUGUACUUCAAGAGAUCCAGAAGUCUCUAGAAGAUGAUCAGAUGGUGUUUUUGGAAAACAGUGUAAAGACCAAGCCAACACCAGGCAAGAUGCUGUGAAAAAGAGAUCAUGCUUUGGAAUCCCUGUGCCUGUAAUGUCCACUCUGGCCUUGCUAAAGACCUGAACACUACUGCUAGCAUCACUACUGAACCACGUGAAGCCCUGGAGAGAAAACCUGCUCCGGUUAAGGGGUUUUGAGUGAGAGGGAACCGCUUGUGCCUGCCAAGACCAACCACUGUAUCCAUAACAACCACAGGCCUGCCCCCAGGCUCCAUCUUUUAACAUGCCCCUUGCCUUCCUGUGAGCUGCAGCUGCAUCAUCCAAUAGCCAAGGAGCAAAGGCAUGGUGGCAGGGGCAUUUUUUUUGUCUCAUUUUUUAUGUUUUUUUUGUUUUUUUAUUUUGUUUCAUUUUUAUGUGAUUAUUUUUGUAUAUGUGUUUGAAGACUUUGAAAUCUAAAGGAAUGCUGUGUGUCACGCAAGGGAAAACAUGCCAAUAGUUACUGGACAUAACUCGGAGUCUUAGGAUUUGUACUAAAGUGCUGACAAACCACAUGUAUAUCAGCUAUGUUCAUAGAGUACUCUAAACGAAGUAGUAAUGCCUUUUUCCCUCCGUCCAGGCAAAAAAAGAGAAGUAUAUAGUUAUGUUCUAGGUACUUUUUCACUACUGUGUAGCACACAUGCUGUCAUUUCUGGGGGAUAUGUCUUUCUAAGGGGCUUGGUUUCUAAUCUUUUUUUAAAAUGUCAGUUUUAAAAAAUGACAGUUAUGCAUUAUGUAAUUUAGGAAUGUAAUUUUAAAAUAUUGUAGUUAAAUGUUUAAUAUAUAAUUGUAUGAAAAUCUGUACCUGUUUUAAUGGCAGACUGUAUUUUCUGAUCUAAGGAAAUAUUUUGGUACUGUCUCUUUAAAAUGCUUUUAGCAUUUUCUUUGGCAUUUAGAGUAUAUUUUUGUAGUUAACUGAUCAUGUACAAGAACACUAUCAUUUGUAAUUUGACACUACCAUUACAUCUGCUAAGUAAAUUUUUUUACAAUUUCCCCCACAUCAAA